AUGCGGACAGAUGCAUGUUCACUACAAGGAAAAAGGCUGGAUUUUUACAGAAGAGCUGACACGUAUGUGAGCCUGACCAAUGGCAUUCCUUAACUCAGUCGAUCCACAGUGUGCCUUGACCUGGUAUUUGUGGGUGACAAAUCAGGUGAUUGGGUGGCCUCCUAUAUUCCUAGUAACACCUUCCUGGGCAGAGAGGACAUAGAACUUGGACUUGCAGGAGACCAUCAGCAGCUAAUAGCAUUCAACUUGGCCAAGAUGUACAUCGGUUACCACCUGACUCCAUUUCAGUAGCACCCGAUGUGCUUGCUAUGGGAUGGUGUGAAGGGCAGAUUAGAGCUUUUCCUGAAUAUAGAAAGGAUACUGGCACCUAAUGGGACUCUGGUUCUAGAACAUUUUCUCACGAAGAGGGACCACCAGGUUAAAGGCAUGGUUCCCAGAUUCACCAGCAGCCUGCACUACUUUCAACUCUGCGACCACAUCCUUUGAACUGAAGAGUUUAUGAAGUGUUUGAGCGGCAUUGUGGUUAGUUGGGAAGAAGAUGUUUGAAUUGUCAAGGAGAUCCUUCCAACUGCUGACGUGAGACUGCGCUGCUUUGUUUCUGAAAAUAUAACAACUCAAGAAACUAGUACCACUCUUUCACAACAAAUAGCUUUGACAACUCCAUCCUAAGUUACUGCACUCAAAUCCCAGAAGACUGUAUAUUCUUCUACAGUGGUAUAUAAAAACAUGCCUGUAUUUGCAACUGAUCAUACAACCUGACUGUAUUUCAAUAUGACAUCUCCACCUCUGGAAACAAUGAUGAAUCGUUUUUUAAAGACAUGCAUAGCCGAGACAGCUACAUCCACAGCAGAUAUUUUGUUUAUGUCAGCAGCCAUUGCUCUGUCUACCAAGAGUACCUCCACAGGCCGUGCUACACAGUCCAUGAAAAUAACUAAAUCCUCAUCUUCAGAGAGCACAAGGACACCAAAAGUGGCUGAAUCCACUGGUAGUGAGAACUUUCAUCCAACUGUAGCUACUAGUUUCCUGGACACAUCUGGAUUUAGAAAGAAUUCAGUUGUAUCUGAAACUUCAGUGACUGGAUCUCAGUUGGCUCUCACGAGGACAUGUUGACUCUCAUCUAUUGAGCCAACAUCCAUGUCUACGACAUCUUGGCCCAAACACAAAUCUGUAGGCAUUGCGGUGCCCCUCUCCAUAACUAGCCAGGAGUUUCUUGCAUCUAUAGCUGCUGGAAGUGUCCUUCAAUCCACGGUGGAAUGGACUUCAGCUACAGUUACUCUCAUGGGUACUGCAUCAACACUGCCCCCUGAGUCUGUGCUCCUCUUCACAGCUGCUCCCAUGGAUCCUAUAUUUCCUUGAAAUCAGAAUACACCCACAAGAUGGUGAAAACCUGUUCCCUCUGAUCUCUACUAGGUGAGCCUCCACAUCCAUGGCUUCUGAGUUUGG